AUGAUGAUGGAAUAAUAUUCUCACUAGAACACUUUCGUUUGUGUUGAAAAGUAAUGUCACUUAUAUCGAUUCAUCACAAACUGGGAUUAAUUGCAAUAACAUAAUUAGUUCAAUCACAAAGUUAUCUCAAAAUAAAAGUUUGAUGGCAAAGUGGCUUUUAAAUUAAAUCAGUUUAAUUAAUAAUAUAGAAUGUCAGUUUAAGAGGAUAUUUAUCAAUUAAUUCAUUAUCAAGAAGAGAGAAUUAUAUUUAAAAUUUAAGAAUUAUUUGAAUUUUUCAAGAAAAUGUAUCUAAAUAUUGUUUAAGAAUAAAUUUAUUUUGAUGAUUAUUCAUAAAUUCUAUCAAAUUCACUCUCUAUAGAGGCUGAUAUCUAAAAGUAUAUUGAAAUUUUUUAUGGAUAAAUCUAAUCCCCACAUUAAAUGUAAGUUGAUCUCCUUCUAGAUGAAAUUUAGGCUAAAUUAAAUGUAUUUGAAGGUGAUUGCCUGAAUUUAUUAGAAAAGAAUUUUGCAAUGGGAAACCAAUAUUCCAAUAAUAUUUACAACGAAGGAGCACCAGAAUUUAAUGAUUAAAUAGAUCCUGAACCAAAUUUGAUGAAACCUAUUGGAAUAUAGGAAAAUCAUUAUCAGACUUAAUUCAUAUCAGAGGAGCCAAAGUAAAUGAUCUAUGAAAUACAAUAAAUUUAACAUAAUCAAAUUGAAUAUAGUUAAAGUAUUUCACAAUAGUAGCCUACUAUAAAUUCAAAACAAUAAAUCGAAUAAGAUGAUUAGAAUAAUAUUCCUUUGAAAGGAUAUAAGUAGCUGCAAUAAUAAUAACAACAACAAUAGUAAUAAUAACAAUAACCAUUAUAAUAAUAAUUAUACCAAUAACCACAAUAAUUAUAAUAAUAGCAACAACAGCAAUCAUCGUAAUUAUAAUAGCCAUCGUUUAAUUAUUCUUAUUAUACUGAAAAGACUUCAUCUAUUGAUGAAGACAGAUUGCAAUUUAAACUACCAUCAUAAACAGUAACCAUUCCAAAAAAUACAAAUAAAUAAUCUAAUAAAGAAUAUAUCUACGUAGCAAAGGACAAAUAUGAUGAUUAUGAUGAUUAUGAUGAAGUAGAUGAUACUAAAUAAUAGUAAAAAGACAGAGAUAUCAAAUAAUCUAAUUCUAAAAGUAUCUUUAUUGGAAAGAAGUUUGAUCUAGACAAUUCACCUAAGCGUCUUAAAUUUUCAUCGAAUUGUCAAUCAUUUUCUUGUCAAUAGUAAGGAAUUGGCCUUGUUGAAGGAAUAGUGACCUUAAAAAUAGAUGCUGAAAUUAGAUUCAAAUUUUCAAAAACUCAAAUAAAAGAUUUUCAAGCUGAAAUAGGGAUCUUAAAUGUUGACAAGAAGGGGAGGAUGAAAGGAAGUCAAAUUUAUUCUAUGAAUGAAAUAGGAGACCUUGUUCAAAAUAAAAAGGUUUUUAGAGGAAAGUUAAAAAUAGCUUUAAAAUAAGAGUAUCUCGUCUCUUAUUCAGCAAAAGAAAGAAUGCUAUAUUUCAUUAAUGGAAAGACAGAAGAAUAUCUGGAUUUGGAUAAUGUCGAAGGAUGUUUUAAAUUUUUUGUCAAAGUAUUUGGAUUAAAAGUCAAAAUUUUGAAUUGA